UACGGGGUAGAUGAACAGUGCAACAAUGGUGAAAAUUGGAGGGUGGUUAAAAAAAAGAUAAGAAUGAAGUAAAUACAAUAUAUAUACGCAGCAGCAGCUAGCAAACAUAACAUAAGAGAAGGUUUCGUGGCAGUGGCGAGUGAAGAAGCUAUGCCUGAUGAGUGAGUCAUUUUUUUCUCUCUGGUGGGUCCCAUCCUCUUCUGCUCUGAGAACCUUUAUAAGUGUUAUAUGAGUCAUUGAGAAGUGACCCCAGGAAAAAGAAAAGAAAAGAAAAACUUCACUUCACUUGCAUGCCAAAUGAGAACAACCUCUUCUUAGAAUAAUUUCCUCGGUGUUUAAGCCUUGUCGAUUUCCGAACACCAAUCCGAGUUAAUUAAACAAUGAGAGUUUCGACAGAAAAGUUAGAGACAGAGCCGGAGAGCAAAAAGAUAAAACGCAUUCGUGGCGGCGGCGGCGGGGACUCGAGCAAUAAGCACCCUUUGUACCGCGGCGUGCGGAUGCGGAACUGGGGGAAAUGGGUGUCGGAAAUCCGCGAGCCGCGGAAGAAGUCGCGGAUAUGGCUAGGCACAUUCCCGACGCCGGAAAUGGCGGCGAGGGCGCACGACGUGGCGGCUCUCAGCAUCAAAGGCUCCGCCGCCAUUCUCAACUUCCCUCACUUUGCCAACUCGCUCCCUCGCCCGGCUUCUCUCGCGCCGCGCGACGUUCAAGCCGCGGCGGCCAAAGCGGCGCACAUGGACCCUUCUUCCCUCUCCUCCCUUGUCUCCGCAAUGGACUUGUCCUCUGCCUCUGACGAGUUGAGCCAAAUCAUAGAGCUUCCUUCUUUGGAAAGCACCGAUGAUGGCUCCGUCGUCUUAGAGAAAGAGUUUGUUUUUGUUGACUCCCUUGAUGCUUGGAUGUAUCAGCCACCCUUUGGUUUUGACACCGAACAAGACACUGGUUUCGAGGGUUUGAUGUGGAAUUACUAGUUUCGAUCCAUGUUUCUGUUCUAUUCUAUGUCUUAUGUUGUAUAAAUUAAUAUUGAUCGUCUCUUUAUGUUUUGCUUUGCGUGUGUGUCUAUAAGCAGUAAGCAGCCACUUGUUGUUUUUCUUUCAGGGGCUGCCCGUGCCACUCGAUCGCUGUCGUAUUCAUCAUCGAGUCUAUCUGUCGUCUGUCUUUUUUCCUGAUUCCUCUGUUUUUAAUUGUAAAUGGCUAGAUGAAUAAAGUAAGAGGAGAAAUUUUCUUUAAUUAA